UGUCUGAUACACAUCCACCAGGAUGGACGCCCUCCACGCGUCUUCCGUAAAGAGCCACAAAGGCGCCGGUCGGAACCUUCCAGAACACCAAGCGAGCCUUUCCGAGCAGGACCGUGGGUGUGUGCGCGUCGUUACCUCCGGACUGCACCCGCCCGACUUCCACCGCCGCCCGUCGAGUCAUGUCUGAUCCACAGCGAUGGGCAAGUUCGACGACACCGAGAGGAUAAUCCUCAACGUGGGGGGCACCAGACACGAGACGUACAAAAGCACCCUGAAGACGUUACCGGGCACGCGCCUGGCCCUGCUGGCGUCCGACUCCGACAUCGACUCGGUGCUGGACCACCUGCAACAAGUCCCCGGCUUCAUUGAGUACAACGCGCGGACCAACGAGUACUUCUUCGACCGCCACCCGGGCGUCUUCGCCUACGUGCUCAACUAUUACCGCACCGGGAAGCUCCACUGCCCGGCGGAUGUGUGCGGACCGCUGUUCGAGGAGGAGCUCUCCUUUUGGGGCAUCGACGAGACGGACGUGGAGCCCUGCUGCUGGAUGACGUACCGGCAGCACCGGGAUGCCGAGGAGGCGCUGGACGUGUUCGAGCUCAACGUGGACACCGGGGACGAGGACGACGACGUGGCCAAGAGGCUCGGCAUCGAGGACGUGGCCGCCGACGGCAGCGGGAGCCUGUGGAGGAAGUGGCGGCCGGUCGUCUGGAAUCUAUUCGAGGAUCCCUACUCCUCCCGGGCGGCGCGGUUUAUCGCCUUCGCCUCCUUGUUCUUCAUCUUGGUGUCCAUCACCACCUUUUGCUUGGAGACCCAUGAGGCUUUCAACACCAUCAUCAACAAGACAGACAGUAUGCGGAACAGCAGCCUGCCGGACAUCGGACCGCAGUAUGAGAUUGAAACUGACCCCGCCCUUACAUAUGUGGAAGGUGUUUGCGUUUUAUGGUUUACCAUUGAGUUCCUGGUUCGUGUGACCUUCUGUCCGGUCAAGUUGGAAUUUAUCAAGAGCGUGCUCAACAUCAUCGACUUUGUGGCUAUUCUUCCUUUCUACUUGGAAGUAGGCCUGAGUGGCCUUUCUUCAAAAGCUGCCAAGGAUGUGUUGGGAUUUCUCAGGGUGGUGCGUUUUGUUCGUAUUUUGCGCAUUUUCAAACUUACCCGUCACUUUGUGGGCCUUCGGGUUUUGGGCCACACAUUAAGGGCCAGUACCAAUGAAUUCUUGCUGCUAAUCAUCUUCCUGGCGUUGGGAGUGUUAAUUUUUGCCACCAUGAUCUAUUAUGCUGAACGCAUUGGCGCCAAGCCCAAUGAUCCCACGGCCAGCCUCCACACCAAGUUCAAGAACAUCCCCAUCGGCUUCUGGUGGGCUGUGGUAACCAUGACCACCCUGGGCUAUGGUGACAUGUAUCCAGAGACGUGGUCUGGUAUGGUCGUGGGUGCGUUGUGUGCUUUGGCUGGAGUGCUUACAAUAGCCAUGCCUGUGCCUGUCAUCGUCAAUAACUUUGGGAUGUACUACUCCCUGGCCAUGGCCAAGCAAAAGCUGCCCAAGAAGAGGAAGAAACAUAUUCCCCAGAUAGUACAGGGAGGGUCCCCUGCCUACUGCAAAGCUGAUCUCACCACCACCUGCAACAGCACUCAAGGUGACCUGUGCCACAUCAAAGGGAGCAGGGUAUUUGAACGCAAUCGCUCAGUUGUGUCGGCGGACUGCAGCAGCGGCAGUGACCUGACCACGACUCCAGAGGAGACGGUCCCCAUGCGUAGGUCCAGCACACGGGAGCAGGACCGCCGGAGUGGUGGGACGUGUUUUCUACUUGCUGCUAGUGACUAUAACUGCCCUGCAGAUGGAGGCAUAGGAAAAACAGUGGGAAGACCCCAUUUGGAGGCCUUCCAGCCACUCCUACAGGACAAUAAAGGACGGAAUCUACGCAAAAACCACUAACGAACUGCUGCUCGGCACGCAAGAGGACGACUUUCACCACCGAGGGGAGGACUAUGAUAAGCAUUUAAUCCUGAGCAAGGCAGGAGAAUGAAACAAAGAGGACUUCUGUGUAGCUCUCGCUCCUGUAAAUAGGUCACCAAAAACAGCACAUUUGGUCAACAAGGCUGUCGGGUUGCACCGUGACACUCAAUCACUUAUCUUACUGUGGUGUCCCCCCUUUUUGCAAUAAGUGUACUAGUUGAGGCACUUCGAGUGUAUUCAUAUAUGAAACCCUGCAUCCCGUGUGUACAGUAUAGAGAGACAACUGUGCUAAAUUGAGUGUGACAUCUCUGCUUUUGUUAAGGUUCAAAUGCUCUGCUGUGUGUUAAUAAUGUAUGUUUGUAUCCUAAUAGUCCAGGGCAAGGAAAGGUAAUAUUUUGAAAGGUCAAGUAGGUGGACUCACUGCUAGGGUCCGCCCCUCGCGCCUCCCUCCCUCUCUUCGAUGCAACUGCCAUUGUAGAAAUCUCCCACUGGGAAUUGAACAUGCAAAUACCCUGCAUUACUGCUGCAAAUCUUCAUAUGAACCAAAUGACUACUCUUCUUGAUGCAGUGGUGGCUAAAAAAACCAACAAAAAAAACAGAUUCUUCCACAAAUGUCCCCCUUUGUGCGCAUGUGUAGCAGAAGUUCGUAAAGUGGGAUUUCUAGAAUGACUGCACAGUAGCAAUACCACACACCCAAACUAUCCUGUUUGUACAAGGGAGUGUAAAAAUACAUACAGUGCAUCUGGAGAGUAUUCACAGCGCUUCACUUUUUCCACAUUUUGUUAUGUUAAGGCCUAUUCCAAAAUGGAAUCAAUUAAUUUGACAUGACGACAAUGUGAAAAGACAUCCUGAAUGAAAACCAACGCUUCUCAUCCAACCUGAUGGAGCUGAGGGGUGCUGCAAAGAAGAAUGGGCAAAGAGGGAUGGGUGAAACUGCCCAAAGAUAGGUGUGCCAAGCUUGUGACAUUGUAUUCAAAUAGACUUGAGGCUGUAAUUGAUGCCAAAAGUGUAUCAACAAAGUAUUGUGCAAAGGCUGUGAAUACUUAUGUACAUGUGAUUUUUUUUAAUUAAAUUUUUUUUUUAAUACAUUCGAGAAAAAAAAAAACUUUUCACAUUGUCAUUAUGGGGUAUUUUUUCUGUAAAAUGUUGUGGAUAAAAAUGAAUGUAUUCCAUUUUGGAACAAGGCUGUAACAUAACAAAAGGUGGAAAAAAUAAAACGCUGUGAAUACUUUGCGGAUGCACAGUAGAUUGUCCAAUGGAAUACUUCUGUAAGUAAGUAUGCUGUGUACAGUUGAUCCCUUCUGUUAGCCAGGGUAACAAUCCAAGGACAAGAAAACCGCGAAUAAUGGAGGCACCAUAAACAGACCUAAAAUGCACAUUUUUUUGGCCUGUCCCUGUUAUUGACAUUCAGUUUUGCAUCCUAAAAAAACGAUAUGCAUACAGUAGUUGUACCUCGCCACAUACUGCUUGAUGUAGUGUGACUUCACCACAUCGCAGAUUUUCAAAAAGCAAUGUAUUUAUCUUCUAAAAGCAUAUUUCCCUAUUUUGGCCAAAUAAACUAAAAAUAUCAAGACUACAGUAGUAUUGUCCACUAGAGGAGACCAGCACUUUGUUUAGUUUAUUGGCCACUGAUUGGCUGAGCCUCAGCCAGCAUUACUGUAUUGUAUUCAAAGAGUGUAAAAGUGACUAAAGGAUGUUAUUUAACGUCUAAAGAGUUCUUAUAAUGUUGAAAAAUGUACUUAGAAGGUUGUAAACACUUUUUGUUAUAUAAAACUAUUUCAUUUACAGUUGAUUCCUACUUACAGAAAAGUGUUUAUCGCCGUCAUGUCUGGAACCAUUUAACAGCGAUGAACGAGGGGACAUGUGUAUACUGUGCAGUACUUAAAAAACAUUUUGUUACACAACAGUCUUUUCUGCCUGCAGCUAGGGCCAUCAAACCACUUUCUAUUUAAAUUACCAUGAAGAAAUAUUUACAAUUUAAAGUACAAAAAAAAAUGUGUGAACAUGAAUGUGGAACAGAGUACAGUUGGAGAUCACCUGUUUACUUUGUUCAUGAGAGCGCACAGAUUUUGACAGUGCUGUUGCACAUUUACCAGAAAUGACAAUCGCAAUAUAUACCACCUUCUGUUUAUGGCUUUCCACCAUUAAAGGUUACUCUUCGGCCGCCAUUAUUUUAAGUAAGUCCCUGCCCUUCCUUAUGCUACAAUUGAGGGUGGAGCGAUCGGUACUGGAGGACGCACGUGCAAAAACCACGUCACUUCCUGUCGACUUGUUUUACGGCAGUCAUACGCCUGUUAUGUUCAUGCAUGCUGUCACUGUUAACAGGCUGUUAUUUUUCUAAUAAUCUUUAUUUCAUUAACAAUGUAAUGUGAUAAGCAUUACAUACAAAACAAACAUUAUGUACUAUUAUAUCGAGAAUACUGUCAACUGACUGGCACAACCAGAAGCCCAUCAACUAAAUUAGACAAAGUAAUCAAUCUCUUUUACCACGUUAUUUACAUGGAAUACAUCAAUUCACAAUACGGGAUGGUAUAGCUCGGUUGGUAGAGUGGCCGUGCCAGCAACUUGAGGGUUCCAGGUUCCGCCAUCCUAGUCACUGCCGUUACCCACCUGCUCUCAGUGCCACCCACACUGGUUCAAAUAUAACUUAGAUAUUGGGUUUCACUAUGUAAAAGCGCUUUGAGUCAAUAGAGAAAAAGCGCUAUAUAAAUAUAAUUCACUUCACAAUACUGCCAAUCACAAAGUAUACUUUUUGUGUUAGCCUGCAAAUAUACAGAACAGGCCAAAAGUUUGGACACACCUUCUCAUUCAAUGGGUUUUCUAUAUUUUCGUGACUCUUUACAUUGUAGAUUGUCACUGAAGGCAUCAAAACUAUGAAUGAACACAUGUGGAGUUAUCCAUCCAUCCAUCCAUUUUCUACUGCUUAUUCCCUUUGGGGUUGCGGGGGGCGCUGGAGCCUAUCUCAGCUACAAUCGGGCGGAAGGCGGAGUACACCCUGGACAAGUCGCCACCUCAUCGCAGGGCCAACACAGAUAGACAGACAACAUUCACACUCACAUUCACACACUAGGGCCAAUUUAGUGUUGCCAAUCAACUUAUCCCCAGGUGCAUGUCUAUGAAGGUGGGAGGAAGCCGGAGUACCCGGAGGGAACCCACGCAGUCACGGGGAGAACAUGCAAACUCCACACAUAAAAAUCCCGAGCCCGGGAUUGAACCCAAGACUACUCAGGACCUUCGUAUUGUGAGGCAGACGCACUGGUUUUCUAUAUUUUCGUGACUAUUUACAUUGUAGAUUGUCACUGAAGGCAUCAAAACUAUGAAUGAACACAUGUGGAGUUAUGUACUUAACAAAAAAGGUGAAAUAGCUGAAAACAUGUUUUAUAUUCUGGUUUCUUCAAAAUAGCCACCCUUUGCUCUGAUUACGGUUUUGCACACUCUUGGCAUUCUCUCGAUGAGCUUCUAGAGGUAGUCAUCUGAAAGCGUUUUCACUUCACAUGUGUCAUAGUUUUGAUGCCUUCAGUGACAAUCUACAAUGUAAAUAGUCAUGAAAAUAAAGAAAACGCAUUGAAAUGAGAAGGUGUGUCCAAAAUUUUUGCCUGUACUGUCGAUAUAUGAGUGAAUUUUAAUUUAGCUAUUAAGAAUAUCAUCUUUUCUGACUAUUAAAUGAUGUUACAAUGUUGGAUACUCAUGUAAACAAUGCAUGAGUGUCAAACCAUAAAGUUCAUGGAAUAUGGCGCAAGCCUGCAGGCAGUUUUGGAUGCCUCUGUUCAGGGGCGCCGAAAAGGGGGGGUAAAGGAGACGGAUUCUAGGGGCUCAUGAUGGAGGGAGGCCCAGAGAGGCCCCUAAUGAUGAUAAAAUUAUAAUACAGAAAAAAUAAUGACACUGUGUUGGGGGCCCUGUAAAGAUUCUUUUCAUGGGGCCCAAAAUCCCUAGCGGCGCCCCUGCCUCUGUUUGCAGGGUUUUGCAGUCUGGCAACGUUGUGAUGUCACAGUGAGGUGGACGUACUUAUUUGGACAUUAAGUUAAGCGCUCAGCCAGAGUCUCAGGCUGUGAGAAAACAAAAAAAAUAAUAAAGUAUUAUUUUCAUAUAAGCAUGCAAUGACAUAAAUGCAGCAAGAGCAGCUUUUUUUAAUGUAGAGUCUGAAUCGAUUAGAGCAUGUGCAGGUGUAGCUAAUGUAGUGAGUGGGUGAACCUAUGUAUAACGUUAUGAAGUUUAUUCCCGACCAUGUCUGGAAAAGAAUCAACAACUUUAAGAUAUAUAUUUAAAGGGUACAUUUCCAAAAGAUAAAGUAUGAUACUUUUGGAGAGGGUGGGGCGUGGUUUCAUUUGCAAUCUGGGACGCCUUGCAGACACGCUAAAAAAAAGGUAUUAAAAGCGACUGUGGAGCAAAAUGUACACCAGAGCAUAUCCAAUACGUAUUACCUGGACCAAAAAUAAGUGUUUUAAAUGUAGAUCAAAAUCAUCAUAGGUUGUGUCUAUACUUGCGUCCUUCAUUGUGGCAAUAGUACUUCCUUUUUUCUUUUCUUUUAUCCAGCCCUCGUUCAUUUCUAUACUAUUGUUCUUCUUUCCUAAUAUGUGGGAUUUUUUUAAUGCAAAAAAUGUAUGAAACAUUCCGAUAUCACAGCAUGUGACGUUGCAGAUAGUGAUGUGCAUAAAUAUCAAUGAUUUUCUUUUCGAUCCGAUACCAAGUAAAAUUCAGGCUGGUAUCGGCGAUACUGAUCCGAUACUUUGUGCAAAUAUACCCUUUGCUAAAAUUUUCGAAGUAUUCUAAAAUAAUAUUUCUAUCUGGAAAAAAAAACCAACAGUAAUAAAUGUAAGAAAAAAAGCAAACAUUGGAAUGCAAGGAGAAAACAUUACAUUUUUAAACUCAUAAUUAAUAAUAAUAUACUUAGUCACGUAUAACAAAGUUUUGUCUUUAAAUAUGUAUCAUAUCUGUUUUAGCUUUUUUUUUUAAAUAAAACAAAUAUUAAAUUGGCGACUCUUGGUAGAAAAAGUUUAGACACUCCUAAUCUGAAAUAUUAGAAGCAUUCAAAAUAAAAAAAUAAAGUAUGCUUAAAAUAUAAACACAGUUUGGCCAGUUAAUUAAAAAUAAUAUGAUACUAACUAAUGGAAUAAUUAGAAAAAUUACAACAACUAUAAUAAACCCUGUUAAAUGUGUGACUGAACAUUAAUAUUUUUGUACAGGCAGAAUUUUUGACACACUCGGUUAUGCAGUUACACAAUCGUAUGACAAUUAUUAUUCCUAUUUUAUUCUUACAUGGGAAAAAACAAGAGUGAAAAUGUAAGAGAAAAGAGCAAAGAUAUGGUAUUUAAUGAGAAAAAGUUGAAAUGUUCUAACUAGUAAUUAAUAAUGAUAUACUCAGUCACUCAUACAGUAAUACAUAACUGACACAAUCUUAUUUUACCAUUUUUCUAAAUGAAAAAAUAUCAAUACGACCCCUGCAUACUUUGACUUUUCAAUUUGUAGCCCUUGGUGGAAAAGGUUUGGACACCCCUGAACUUAAGUACCAAAAGUAUCGAUAUAUUGAUUGGAGGAUCGAUAUUAAAGCAUAAAGAUCUGGUAUCGGUGGUAUCGAUAUUUCUGCAUCGAAUCGCACAUCACUGGAUGCAGAAGCUGCCUCGUAGAAAUUGCAAGUGAAGGAAGUGACGUAGUCCUUGCGCAUGUGUGGACCGAUCGUGUAGCGACUAUCAACAAUGAGUGUCCAUCACCGUUUUCAGUGCAACACCCAGUACAGACAGAACACUGCAUAUCGCUGUACUCCACAACAUGAACGCACUUAGGCACUGAAAAAAACUAAGUAUAUUUAAGUAAGUACACAGGUGUGCGAUUUCAAACACAAUCCUGGAUGCUUACCACCCUCAACAAGUUCCAUCUCGCCUCCAUAGUGCUGUCUCAAAUCGAUCCAGAGUGUGUGAAUUUGGAGGGUGUAGCCUCAUAUCACUAAAUGUCGCUGCGUACUUACCAGGAAUGGACAAUGUCAAUACUUACCCGCUUCUUCUUUUUCAUUUUCUCUCCCUUUUCAUGGUGAAUCGCAACCACUCGACAAAGCUUUCGGAUCACCCAAUGAAUUGUCUGCCAUCUUUUUGCCACCACUUUUCGCUUGUGUCAAAUUUCGUUUUGUAUUACAAUAAUCCCUCGUUUAUCGCUGUUAAUUGGUUCCGGACAUAAUAAAUGAAUUUCUGCGAAGUGGAAACUAAUAAUUAUAAUCUAAUAUUUUCAUAGCCCGAGUAUAAAAACUUAUUUACCACGUUCUAAAUACAUUUUUCAACAUUAUGAGAGUCCUCUGAACAUGAAAUAACACCCUUUAGUCACCUUUACACUCUUUUAAUCCAAUAUAAUAAUACUGCCUGAGGCUGGGCCAAUCAGUGGCUACAAUACUAAACAGUGUGAUCUGAUUGGUUUGGUCUCAUCUAGUGGCCAAUACUCGAGAUGUCCGAUAAUAUCGGCAUUAUAAAUGCGUUAAAAUGUAAUAUCGGAAAUUAUCGGUAUCGGUUUUUUUAUUAUCGGUAUCGGUUGGUUUUUUUUGUUGGUUUUUGUUGUUGUUGUUGAUUUUUUAAUUAAAUCAACAUAAAAAAAACACAAGAUACACUUACAAUUAGUGCACCAACCCAAAAAACCUCCCUCCCCCAUUUACACUCAUUCACACUCAUUCAUACAAAAGGGUUGUUUCUUUCUGUUAUUAAUAUUCUGGUUCCUAGAUUAUAUAUCAAUGUAUAUCAAUACAGUCUGCAAGGGAUACAGUCCGUAAGCACACAUGAUUGUGCGUGCUGCUGGUCCACUAAUAGUACUAACCUUUAACAGUUAAUUUUACUAAUUUUCAUUCAUUACUAGUUUCUAUGUAACUGUUUUUGUAUUGUUUUACUUUCUUUUUUAUUCAAGAAAAUGUUUUUAAUUUAUUUAUCUUAUUUUAUUUUAUACGUUUUUUUUAAAAGUACCUUAUCUUCACCAUACCUGGUUGUCCAAAUUAGGCAUAAUAAUGUGUUAAUUUCACGACUGUAAAUAUCGGUUGAUAUCGGUAUCGGUAAUUAAAGAGUUGGACAAUAUCGGAAUAUCGGAUAUCGGCAAAAAGCCAUUAUCGGACAUCCCUCGCCAAUACCAUAGUAGUAUGGAUAUUUUUAGUGAAUUUAGCCAUGUUUUAUGCUUGGAAAUGCUUAAUUUAAGGCAAAUAUGUUGUAAAAAACGCUUUUGAAAAAUCUGCCUUUUGAUGAAGCCGCAAUAUUUGAAGCGCAAUGUGGCGAGGGCCAACUGCACUUUUCUUUGCAUACAUAUACCUCUCGCUUCAGAUUCUGCUUUUGAUUUGAUAGUCUGUCUCAUAGAAUAGUAUUUUGAGUGCACUGGUCCAGCCAAAUGCAGUGCACUGUAAGUACCCGGAUGUUGCACUCAAAAAGGCCACAUUGGUAAGUAUGCAGUAAUGGAGCAGAUCAAUUAGCACCCCCGUAGCGGAAGGAAAGGGACUAAAUCGGGUGAUUGCAAUUCACCAUUUAAGAAGAGAAGGAGGAAGCGGGUAAAUAUUGCAAUCAUUAUUUUUCAGUAAAUGCGCAACGCCAGUAAUGGAUUUGGAACAGCACUAGAUGUGCUCUCAGGAACUAAGUACACAGUGUACACAGUAUACUUAUUGAAGAGUACUAACUAAAGUAUUCCAGCUCAGCACUGGAUACUCACCAUUUUGACCGUUUGGAGUGUACUGACAAUGCACUGCGUUUUGCCGUACGACUCACUGUGAACGUACUUACGCACUCUAAAGGCGUAUUAGUGUGAGUAGGGUAUUGAGAAAUUGGUAAUAUGAGAAAAGUCGGAUUAAACGUUACUGGGAAUGAAGUAUUGCCGAUCCACACUGUGAUUUCAGCAGAGAAAAGUGUUGCUGUACAAGCCGAUAGAGAGGACUGUCAGGUGGCAUUGUUGACGUGUUUCUACCCACAAUCCUCCUUGUGUAGUACACGUGCUGCUUUCCUCUUCAAAUGGACAAACGAGUACUGUUGUUGUGUAUUUUUAGAAUGUUGUAACUCCAGAAAAAAAGUUGUUUAUUUUCUUGAAUCCAGAACAUGUAUUUUUGUGUCUUACCCGUGAAAGUCAUGGUAAUCCAACGCUGUGCUCCUCCACCGUGUUUUUAAAAGCGUCACAAGCU